GUCUUUGUCGGAUGUGUGCUGUGGAUGACAACCGUCCAGCCCGUCGCAACAACAGCAGCAGCGGCGGCAGCAGUGUAUUUAUCAUCGCAGCAGCAGCCGAGGAGGGAGUGAAGUGAACCGGAGGACGGAGAGAGAAAGGAUUUUACGGACACCGACCCAAGCAUGGCUACCCAAACGACAGCAUCAUGCACUGGAUCCACUCUGUUGCAGCCAAUCAGCGAAAUUAUCAAUCUCCCUCUCGACCAGGUUAACUUUGUGGCAUGCCAGUUGUUCGCCCUGCUGAUGGCCGUGUGGUUUCGGAUCUACCUCCACCCCAGUAAGACCAGUCCUUUUAUCAGACAUGUGGUGGCCACUCUGCUGGGCUUCUACUUGGCUCUCUUCUGCUUUGGCUGGUAUUCCCUCCAUUUCCUGGUACAGAGUGGUCUUUCCUACAGUGUGAUGGUCUUCGCUGGCCUGGAGCAUAUGCACAAGUACUGCUUCAUUGUGACGCUCGGCUACCUGAUAUUGUGUCAGAUCACACGAGUCUACGUGUUCGACUAUGGCAUGUACUCUGCAGAUUUUACAGGGCCCAUGAUGGUCAUAACACAGAAGAUUACCAGCCUGGCGUUUGAAAUACACGAUGGGAUGACCAAACGAGAGGGGCAGCUGACUCCCACUCAGAAAUACCUAGCUAUCAGUCGGAUGCCCAGCUUGUUGGAGUACUUGAGUUACAACUGUAACUUCAUGGGCAUCCUGGCAGGCCCCACCUGCUCUUACAACGACUACAUGGCUUUCAUCGAAGGCACGGGCUACCAGCCACGCCACCAGGAGAACGCCAAUGGCAAGGAGAACGGGAAGUACAAGCAGAGCGAACCCUCACCCAAGAAUGACGUCAUCUCAAAACUGAGUACAUGUGCCAUCUCACUGGCCAUCUAUCUGUCGCUGUGCAAGGUGCUUCCAGUAGAGCACUCCAUAGACGAUGGCUUUGUCAGCUCCACGCCCUUCUACCUUCAGGUCAUCUACCUUUACCUGGCCAUGCUGGCUCUGAGGCCGAAGUACUACUUUGUCUGGACACUGGCUGAUGCUAUCAACAACGCUGCCGGAUUUGGCUUCAAUGGAUACAGCAAAGAUGGCUCCCCACGGUGGGACCUGAUAUCAAAUCUCAGAAUUCUGGAUAUUGAGUUUGCCACCAGUUUUAAGAUGUUCCUGGACAACUGGAAUAUCCAGACAGCUCUUUGGCUCAAAAGGGUGUGCUAUGAGCGCUGUCCCAUCAACCCCAUGGCUGCCACCUUCCUGCUGUCGGCCAUGUGGCACGGGGUGUACCCCGGCUACUACCUGACCUUCCUCACUGGCAUUGCCAUGACCAUGGCAGCACGUGCAGUAAGGCACAACAUCAGACCGUACUUCCUGGUCUCUGACCCACACAAGCGUGUCUAUGAUGUCAUCACGUGGGCAUGGACUCAGGUUGCCAUAAGCUACACAGUGGCGCCAUUCGUCCUACUCGCUGUGGGACCCUCACUCAAAUUCUACAGGUCCUGGUACUUCUGCUUACAUCUCCUCUGCCUCCUGGUGGUAAUGGCCCUCCCCGUCAGAUCGAGACGCCGGCAGGCCGCAGAACAGCAGGACGGCCUACAGAAGGACAGCCUACAGGAAAACCAGACGGACCACAGCAGCACAGACAACAACUGCAACCAGAAAGACAAAACCACAUGAGGUUCAGGACAGCAACACACUUCCCUUCAGCAGCAGAAACACUGAGACGAACUAGAAACCACUGAGAGCUGGAGUGUGGCGAGUCUGUUUACCUGACAACGAACCAAAUAUCAGACGCUCUGAGAAUCCUAACAGACAGAAAACACACGUCAAAGUUCUGUCAAAACUUCCAGUAGCAAGGAUGACAGCAAUCACAGUUUCUGACACGGAUAAGAGACCAGGAUGUAACAAUGGCCACGGUGUAAACUAAUGAGUAAUAGUGGUUACUUAACAUUACAUUAGCGGAAAUGAAGACUUCCAAGCUGCCUUAAACCCUCUAUGUACUUGGCUGAUGACGUAACAGUUGGAUGGCACGAUGCAAGAACCUACAACCCUUGUGGUGUCGGCAGGUUGUACAAACAAAUAGACGCGCAGUAUGUGGAGGGUUUUUGUCAUUGUCUGGAUACAAGCCUCUGUCAGGUGGAAACAGAAAAUGUGUUCAUAUAAAAGAAACAUAACCUUUAUCAUCAGCUGCCAAUUUCAAACAGGCCUUAGGAUCCUCAAAACAUUGUUUGAUUUCUAUGUCUUUUUUAAAACCUUUAUUGGAGAAGAAUUCACAUUGUACGUGUUUUGUAUUUAGAUGUUUGUGACAACACUAUUUCGAUCCAUUCUCGAUGAUUUUUUUUAUUUUUUUUUCCUGGGAUAAAUUUACCGGCAUAGAGAGUCCCAAAGUGGAAUUCAGAUCUCGUCCGUCUCCAGCAGUGGAAAGUCUAAAAAUGGCGCUCAAGAGUUUCUAAAUGGAUUUCUGUUUCUUUUUAUAUAUUUUUCAUAUCUGCUGCUCUUUUUUUUUUUGACAAACAUGACUCAUCAGAUAAAUGUGUGUGUUUCAAAGGGAGUUCUUUUACCCUGUGUUCCAUGUCUUUUUUUUAAAGGAUUUCUGACCUGAUUUCAGGGGUGUGAUUUUCUUCUUUUCAUGUGUUCAAAACUAUUUAAUUAAUGCAAGUCCUAAAUAAUAAAAUUGUAUAAUUGCG